AUGUUCUCGCCGUUGGCUUUCCCCCCUGGUGCCGUAUUCUACGAAUUCGUAACCCACACUCCUCCACCCUCCCACCUCGCCCUUCUGCCUUUCGACCACUACCGCGAACCCCUGGCCAUCAUUGCGAUCGCAGACGGAUCCGAAGUUGACAGGGUCGCCUUCAACAAGCGCUCGUCCAACACUGCGCCAACCAUCGCCGAGCAGAACAUCCGAACGCUGUACCAAGAGCUGGAGGACCUGCGUGACCGCUUUGGCAAGGCCUUGGUCCACCAAGUCUUGAUCUUCGACCAUGUGCCGUCUCAAGAGAACCCGAUUUCCAUGCCUGAGGGCCUUGUCGCCAUUCCACCGCCGGACGAGUGCAAGCGGACGACGAUGAAGACCAUAAUGUGCGACAUCACGUCGCAAUUCCUUGCCGAAUUAACCACCGUGGCCAAGAUGUAUGAGGCAUACUCGACCAUCGAAUCGCCUGGGCAGUCACAUGCCAUGAAGCACGUCAACGGCGCAUCCUGGGACCUGAGUGGUUCUCCGCCAUUGAACAAAAGGAAUUCGCAGUUUGCGCCAACGCCUCAGAGGUCAAGCUCCACUAGCGGGCUACCAGAUCGCCAUCUGCACCGCAUGUCGAUGCCUGUCGCGCCUUCGAAAUCAAACUCUGCAAUACCAUCCAGCAACUCAACACCGGCUCGGUCUUCGACGCCUGUAAGGAGUGGGUUGUCUAAUCCACCCACCACCUUUGACGACCUCGCUGCAAGCAUGAGCAGCGGCUCGUCGACACCUGACCCUGUUGGCGAUCACUUCAAGUCCGAUAGCUCAGAUCGAGUGUCUGUACAAGGCUUCGGUCCCGGUGGGUUAAAUGAGCGUUCCAGAGCCAAGGGAAAGGGCAGAGUGACCAUCGUUCUUGCUUCGCUUUACCUUCAAGCCGGACGCUGGACUGAUUCCCUGAAGGAAGCCAUAGAUGGCGCAACCGUUGCGAGGUCAAUCAAUGACCAUAUUUGGCACGGCAAGGCUUUAGAGUUGAUUACCAUUAGUCUUUUGCUCCUCGGGUGGGCAAAGAUUGAAUUCGUAAUUCCCACUGUAUGUCUGCCACCUCAAGACAAGUCCACGGCCGCAACUCUGGCUGCGCUAGAGGCAGCUUCAACGGAUCUCAGCCAGCCGAAGCACAUGCGCAACCUCCAGCUGAUAAUGCCGGACCUCUUGGAGCGCAUCGUGGGACUUUACUCCAGGAUAUCUUCAGAGCACUUGCCUCCAUUACCCCUGGCCGAAACCACAAUCCGUUUUUGCAAGGUUCUCUCCGCUCUGCAUCUUGCUGAUGGAAAGCUCGGGGACAAGUCAAUGGAUAUGAUCAUAUUUGGCAAGCUUCCUGACAAGCAGCUGACGACUUCACCACGCUUGGUCAUUACACCAAGCCGGCAGCAGAUCACAACACUGCUGUUUCGCGCAUUCCCUUCGUCCGCGUCAGAGCUUCUCACGAUUGCGGAUAGGGCAUCAAUUCUGGCUGGAAUUGCGUCAGUACUGGGUCCCCUUGGACAUCAUCGCAAGAAGGCCAUGGUCACACGAGAGCUUGUUUCUGUUUUGAUCAGCGGCCUCGUCGAAGCCCGAACACGAGGUGCUGCGGAAAUGGGAAUUCAUCCUGCAGCAGGCUUGGUUGCUCUUAACGCUGCCAAUGGGCAUAGCAAUAGUGCUGUCGCCCUUGAGCUGGGUGAGGGAGAUGUUGAACAAGGCAUCGAGGCCUUUCUGGCUCUUCUGUGCAAGUCCUACGGUAUUGUGGGCUUUGAUAUGAAGAAGCAGCCUUCCAACGACGCUGUCGCCGUGGAAGACUCAGACGCUGCUAUCAUCGAUAGAAUUCGAGGACAGUCGGCUGCGAGAUUCUUCGGGUUCACGAGUGUCAAGUUGAACAUCUUGAGGGCUUGUAUUAAUUUCUCCGAGGCGUUGCCCGACUUCAACGGUGUGUUGAAGUUUUCGAGCGAUCUGCUACGAACAGCCGGAUCUGGCGUCGCUCCUGGGCCUCGCAAAGAAGACGCGUCGCCUGUCAUUUCCCGCGAUGAGCAGAUACGGCUGGUGACAAAUAUUGCCAAGACGUCCAACUUGGCUAAAAGACUGGGGUUGGAUCACCUUUCCGCAGAGUAUUGGGAUGAGUUCUUCGUCCGCGGUGUGACACUGGAGCCGUUGCCUAACAGCAGGAUACCAGUUCCUCAUGCAAAAAGUACUCUCCCGGGGGCUGUGACGGCGAGAACGUCGCAGGAUGUCAACCCUUUUAUUUACAAUCCAUUUUUGAAGCAACCCGACAAAACUUCUAUCCACACUCUGGUAGCGAACGAGCCAGCAACCUUCAAGAUCACCCUCCAGAACCCCUUCGACAUUGAGGUCGACAUUGAGAGCAUUCGCCUAGACACCAGUGGAGCGGAAUUCGAGUCAAAUGCCGAAAGUACCGUCAUUGGCCCCUACCGGACGCAAAUACUGAAAGUUUCUGGAACUCCCAGAGGCGCAGGCGCAUUGAAAGUGACUGGCGCGAUCAUACGCGUUCGUGGAUGUCGGGAAAGGAGGUUCCCAAUUUUCAAGCAGCCUUGGACUCCCGAGACAGAGUUAAAGGUUAAGUCCACCGGGCUGCCUGCUCUCGAAAACAGCAUUUCUUCCACAACUCCUGGGCGGCCGCUAAAGGCUGAGAGCAUUGGCUUAAAUGUCAUUCCCCAACAGCCUGUCAUUGUAGUCAAGUCGACAACGUUGCCGCAGUCAUCGAUCAUGGUCCUCGAGGGAGAAAGACAGGUCUUCUCCGUCACCCUCCAAAACCUGUCUUCAACAACACCAGCCGACUUCAUGCUGUUCUCUUUCCAGGACUCCACCCAGGCGCCGUUGCAGGCGGGGCUGAACAACAGAGACGCCACUCCGGCUGAGCUAUAUGAGUAUGAGUUUAUUCUCAUGAAGCGCCAAGCUCUUAGACGGUUGAAUAAGAAGGAACCCGAGAAGCGCUUCAUCGCCCCCGGGGGCACCGCGACUUUCGACUUUGAAAUCCUAGGCAAGCCAGGGCUGACGAAUGCUGCCAUUCAAAUCGACUAUGCACAUCUCGGAGUGCCACCAGAGGAAGUUACGGAGCAAUAUCACACUCGCCAAGUCGCGUUGCAAUUGACGGUCACUGUAAAUGCCAGCGUCGAGCUUUCUAGGCUGGACGUGCUUCCUCUCAGCGGGCCUGUCCCUCAGCCACUUCUCAGUCUUACUCACCUUGAUUCGAAGUCCGACCCAUCCACACUGGCAGACGAAUUCUGCCUGCUGUCCAUGGAUCUGCGCAACGCUUGGCCCAACAAUAUGGAGGUACAGAUCGAUGGCGAGGACGGCAUCCUGAUUGACGAACACAUACUGCCGGGUAAUACCAGCCGAGUCAUCGUCCCUAUCAGACGGAUAUACCUCGACGACCCACAUGCCUCAAUCCCGGCACUGAACCCCUCGAGACAGCGGCAAUUCGUCGUCAGCACUAGCAAGAUUACACCGGACAUGGAACGCUCCAAUCGCGAGGCGUUCUGGUUCCGUGAGAAGAUUCUCAACACGCUUACAGCUCGUUGGAAGGCGGUGUCCGGUCCCAGGCGAGGUGGCUACAUCGAUCUGCGGAGCAUUAGGCUUUCUCCACGGAUGAUGGAUGCUCUGAGAAUCGACGACAUUGGUAUCGAUAUUUCCAUCAAGGACCAUAGUACCGAUACUGGCAUCGCAGCGGACCACUCUAUUCUGGUCGACAACUACGUACAAAUUAAGGUGGGCAUCACGAACCGCUCAGCUCAACCGGUCUACCCGAUGCUGCGGUUGAUGCCAGCUUUGUGUCACAGACCUCUUAACGUCGCGUUAGACUUUACACGGAAAUUUGCUUGGAAUGGCACCCUGCAGCAAGCCCUCCCGCCCCUGGCUGCCAAGUCCAGUACCGAAGUGGAGGUCGAAGCUAUGGCCCUUUGUCGAGGAGAAUUCGAGAUCGCAGCAUCGGUCGAGGAAUACCAGAUCUGGGAAGAGCCCAAGGACGAGAAGGAGAAGGAAGAGAUGAAGGAAGGGGCGCGACAACGAUCGGAUACCCAAACGAUGAUGAACGCCCUCCUCGGCGCAAAGGAGCGGCGCAUCUGGCAUUCGAGGCAACCCUGCGUCGUCAAAGUGAUAGACCACGACUAG